GGACUGAAAACCAAGUGAGGAGAUGGAGAGAGAGGGAGAAGGAUGCAGUCUGUCUGCAAACUCUGGAUUGUUUCACUCUCUGCUACCCUUGAUGUCGACAGCUUUAACACUGCAGCUCAACUGAUCAGAAGGCUGUUGCCAGAAGGAUUGCAUUGUACCACACCAGAGAAUACAGACAGGAUAGACUCCGCAGAUAGAUGCUGACCAUCACCCAAAGCACAACUGUGGGAAGACACCCAGUCUCUUUGCAGUGUUGCUCAACACAGAACAGGUUGGGCAGUGAAACCAUCAUCUGGAAAUCGGUCAGGACAGAGGAGUUUUGACAUAUCAUCAGUUCUGAAACUGGUUAGUGGUGUGCAGCCUUCAAUUAAAACGAACAAUUUAAAGAUUUGGUUGUGAGUGAUUGAUGAGAGUGAGGGUGGGAGGUGAGUGUGAGGGACUCCACAAGGUUACAAGAUCAUCGAACACACAGGGUGGAUUUGUUGUAGACCUGUUAAGGAAAGGACAGAUUCAUGGAAGAGAAACGCUUCAAGUGUGAGGUUUGUGAUAAAGCUUUUGUGAAGUCUACUCACCUGUUGAUACACCAGAGGAUCCACACAGGGGAGAAACCAUUCAGGUGUCAGCUCUGUCAGACAGCUUUCACUCAAUCUUCACACCUCUUGACCCACCAGAGGUUUCACACAGGAGAAAAACCAUUCACAUGUCAGGUUUGUGAUAAAUCAUUCUCGCAAUCAUCAAGCCUUCUUGAACACCAGCGCAUUCACACAGGCGAGAGGCCAUUCAAAUGCAAAAUUUGUGAGAAAUCAUUCUCAGUGUCAUCUGCUCUCCACAGUCAUCAACGAACUCACACAGGGGAAAAGCCGUUUGUGUGCAAGAUUUGUGGUAAAUCAUUCUCGCGGUCAACAGGUCUCUGUGAACACAAACGCACUCACACAGGAGAGAAACCAUUCAAGUGUGAGGUGUGUAACAAAUCAUUUUCAAGGUCAGGGAAUCUCCGUGUACACCGACGCAUCCACACUGGGGAGAAACUGUUCAAGUGCAAUAUGUGUGACAAAUUAUUCCCUGAUUCAUCAAGACUCCUGCUCCAUCAGAGGAUUCACACAGGAGAAAAACCAUUCAUAUGCAAGAUGUGUCACAAGUCAUUCUCAACAUCAUCAAAACUCUGUGCACACCAUCGUAUUCACACUGGGGAGAAACCAUUCACAUGUAAGGUAUGUGACAAAUCAUUUUCAGAAUCAUCAAACCUCCACAAACAUCAACGUCUUCACACAAGAAAUACAAACAAGGGAAGCAGAUGUAUGUCACCGAUAUGCUGUUGAGAGCUACCCGCUGUCUGAAGGAAGUUUAUGCUGGUCAAGAAUGAAACAAAGACAUUGAAUUGGACAGAAGGCAUCUUGAUCAGAUCAAAUUAUACAAUAAUAUGCAACUCUUCAAAUGCAACAAAUGGUUGUGCUGAAUGGAUGGCCAGAGACAAUCUGUUGCCCUAAGAGAGAAUUGGACAGAGACAAAGAUGUACAAUAGGAUGGGGAUUAUUAUUCCUGUUGUAGUAGAAAAUCAAACCCAGCUAGGAUCUCAGUACAGUACAUCAGCGUUUACACAGAGGGAGGACUCUCUUCUGAGUGGCCAAGCGGAUUCCAAUUCUUCAACAAACAGGACUUACUUUUAUGUUCAGAAACUGCAAUAAGCUAUGUGAACUUUUACAUGUAUGCGUUUACGCUGAAAUAUCACACAGCUACUGUCUACCACUUUAAUGGUAAAAGUUGCUUUUGACACCAGUUGAUAAAGGUCUUGCUUUGCUUAUUGGCACUAGUUGUAGUUUGUUGUCUAGAUUACAAUGUUCAGACUCAACCCAAUUCCUGGAGCCCUCAG